UCCACCAACGAUCUAGAUGUCUUUAGAGUUUCAUCGGUAACGGUCACAGAAGUUACAGGUUAUUUAAUCUAUUGAACUCUUCGCGUCAGAAUCUCCGUUUCUGUUUUUUUGAUUUUAUACAGACUUAUUAUCACUUAUAUUUAUUCACGUAAGCGUUGCCGUUUCGGUUUGUGUAUAGCAUCGCUUCCCAUUGGACAUUGCGAGAUUUAAACAUAACUUAAUAACUACGAUCUAAAAAUCAACUACUCCAAUAUGCCACAAGGCAGCGAAAAUCUACGGAUGGCUGGAUUUAAGCCUGAUGGAACCAAAGACGAGCAGAUCAAGUAUUUCCGAGAUCUUGUAGCCGAGGAGGUAUCAUUUGAAAACAGCCUGGUGGAGCAGUGGCAGAAGAAAUUGAAAGAGUCCGGGCCUGGCAGUUCGUCCCCGACCAUCACCGAGGAUGGGGCUGACCAGAUCCGCGGGGCAAUCGGACAAUCUCGGCUCUUUCUUGACAAGAAAAUGCAGCAGUUCGUCGGUCUGAUUGAUGAGUGCGAGAUGGGGAAUACAACGACCACCCCGACGGAUUUGGCGGGGUUCUGGGAAAUGAUCUACAUGCAGGUGAAGAACAUCCAUGAUCGCUUCGAACAUUUGGACGUGCUGGCUGUCAAUGGCUGGAUGACGCCUCAGAAGGCUAAAUCUACUGUGGAUGGAGCUUCGGCAAAUGGAAUGAAAAAGAAUGGAGCAACAAAGAAACCAACCGCGAACGUGCAGGCUUCAUCCAAGAUCCGGGAAGCUAUUGAAAAAGCUCGAGCUGCUAAGGCCGCCGCGGAGACUAACAAAGAAGCCCAGUCAGUGGAUGGAAUUUAAGUCAGUAAAGAAUGCCGAGCUAUUACUCUGAAAGUACUUUCCUUACAUCCCCCUUUACCGUCCUGGUCCCUCUUGAUUUCGCCUAUGGAAUUUCGGAAUGGUAGAAAAAUGUACGGUUGCUUACUUUGGUGGCCAAAGAGUUUUUAUUUUUCCUACUUUUGUGUAGUAUUAGCGAAUUUGGGCAAGCGCCAGCAUUGACAGUAGCAUUAGCAAUAGCAGUGCUCACGGCUGUGGCCAAACGCACUGCAGCCCGGUUACUUGGCUGCCCAAACUCCGGCGUUGGAGAAAGCAGUAGCAAUACUGGUAUCAAUACUGUGCAGGGCACUGCAGGCCCGUAGCGAGAUCCCGGUUGAAUUUUCGAAGAACUCCCCCCACACUUUCCAUCAGGAAUUUUUCUGAAUACACCGUUGGAUUCACCGUAAAAUUCUAAACAAAAUAGUUGAGGAAGAUUUUUGAAUUUCGCUUUCCCCCUAAAAUCAACUGCACGGGCGGUCGGCCAUACGACACCUGAGAUUGUGGGGGAUUUCCCCCAAGUCACUCCAAUGCCCCAGCGCUCAGGGGGCAAUACCCCAA